AUGGAUCGUGUCGUUAUAAGUGCCGUGUUAUUUCUGGUGGUACUUGCCUAUGGAGUAAGGGCACGACCCUCUCGGGGCUACGAGGAAUACAUAUGGGAACACCUACCGGAAUUACUGGACAGACUUCAGCGCCUCGACUACGCCGACGAGCCCAUUAUAAAUAGUCUAGAGCCCCGCGUCGUGCCUCAUUGGCCUAAUGGCGUCAAAGUUGGACAAGUAGGGGGUGUGGCAGUUGACCCUAUCAACGGAGACGUACUAAUUUUCCACCGAGGAGAGAGAGAAUGGGGUUACAACUCUUUCGUCGGGGAUGAAUUCGCACCCGGCCAAUCCACCAUUAAGAAUGACACUAUCCUCCGUCUGGACAGAACAACAGGACAGAUCCUGGACAGCUUCGGAGCUGACAGGUUUUAUAUGCCCCAUGGACUGACUGUUGACAACGCCGGCAAUAUAUGGGUGACAGAUGUGGCUCUCCAUCAGGUGAUGAUGUUCCCUAGGGGUAGUCAUGAACCUUCAGACAUUGUCUUGGGCACAGCUAUGACUCCUGGAAGUGACGAUGACCAUUUUUGCAAACCGACAGACGUUGCUGUUGCAUCUAAUGGCGAUUUCUUCGUGUCUGACGGCUAUUGCAAUGGCAGAAUCAUGAAAUUUUCCAAGGAUGGAAAUCUCUUAAAGCAAUGGGGAAAACGAUCCACAGGUAAUACUGGCCCGUUGAGUGAGGAUGAGUUUUUUGUGCCACACAGCCUUGCUUUGAUCGAGGCUAGAAAUAUUAUCUGUGUAGCUGAUCGAGAACAUGGCAGAAUCCAAUGCUUCUCAGCUGGAAUGAACGGAACAGAAGCUGGACAGUUUGUACGCUCAUUUGACAACAAAGAAUUUGGGAAAGUGUUCGCUAUUGCAUAUGACAACAACGGCCCUGAGGAGGCGAUAUACCUAGUAAGUGGACCAAUUCCCAACGCUUAUCUCUUCAAAAUUAAUCUGAAUGGUCAGAUUUUAUACAGAACAGAACCACCGAACCGGAUGUUGGGGGAUAACUUUGAGGGAUUCGGACAGCCUCAUGACAUAGCAGUGUCACACGACGGCCGAGAUAUUUACACUGGAGAGAUUGUUCCUAAACGGAUCCUGAAGUUCCGGCAGAUGUAGACAUAAGUAAGGCCAGGAACCAGAGGGCGCUCAACACCAUACUGGCAAAAUGUACUUAAGUCAAGCGUAGUCACCUUGUCGACAAAUUGUUCAUAUAUUUAUGUGUUUAUUUAUUGGUUACAAAAGUCAAAAAAUCAUAUCAGAA